GUGGGACCCAGUGAAUGAAUGUGCGAAAGAGAGGGGCGUCCAAGACAGAAAUUUUCGAUAUUGCAGACUGUGGAAAAUAGAAAAACCUCAAAAUAAGCGAGCGAAGUCGAUUCUACGCCUGUAAUGCUUUGAUGCUAAAAUCCAUCAGCGGAGGCGUUGGCGUGGCCGGGGCAGGAGCAGGUGCGGCUGCCAGUGGCGGCGGUGGUGGUGGUGGCGCAGGAGGAGGAGGAGGAGUCGCAGGAGCAGGAGCUGCAGUGGGGAGCGGGACAGGUAGGAGUGGGAGUGCCACUGCGAGCGGAAGUGGAAGUGGAAGCGCGGGCGCUAGUGGAAGUGCCAAUACGGUUGGAAGCGUCCGUGCCAGUUGUGGCAUCGGCUCCAAUUCGAUAUCCAGCGGCCUGAGCGCCGUUUGUGGCUUGGUCACCGGCAGUGGUAGUGGCAGUGGCAGCGGCAGUGGCAGUGCUAGCGGUAGUGGAGGCAGCACACCCGCCGGAGUCAACAUCUACUGUCCGGCCUGUGUGGCCAGCAGCUCGCAGCAGCAUCAGCAGACACCGCCGCAGGCGGCACCCCACUCCGAGUCGUUCUUUUCGCGCUCAAAGUCGAGCAAGCGGCACAAGGCCAGGAAGAGCGCCUCCACCGCCGGUUGUCUGGACGCCCAGCACAUUCGCAACAACCUGAGAAUGUCCACCUCCAGCUCGCUGCGCAGCACGCGCGCCGUCCAGUCGAGCCACUGCAGCAGCAGCAGCCCGGCUUACGAUGCGGCCAGCAAUGCCAGCAACGGCAGCAGUGGCAGCGGCACAGCCGCCUCACCGGGCAGCUACAGCUGCAACGCGCUCAACGUGGACUUCACCUCGUACACGGCCACACACCAAUGGACCCGGAUGCUCGAGUGUGCCGAGUUUGUGGGCGCCAAGCGGAGCAAGCACACGGUGGUGGCCUACAAGGAUGCCAUGUUCGUGUUUGGCGGCGACAAUGGCAAGAACAUGCUGAACGACCUCAUACGCUUUGGCGUGAAGGACAAGUCGUGGGGCAGGGCGUGCGCCACUGGCACGCCGCCAGCGCCGCGCUACCAUCACUCGGCGGUGGUGGCCGGCGCCUCGAUGUUCAUAUUUGGCGGCUACACGGGCGACAUACACUCCAACUCGAAUCUGACCAACAAGAACGAUCUGUUCGAGUACAAGUUCAAGAGCGCCAUGUGGGUGGAGUGGAAGUUCUCGGGCCGGCAGCCAGUGCCGCGCUCUGCCCACGGGGCGGCCGUCUACGACAACAAGAUGUGGAUCUAUGCGGGCUACGACGGCAAUGCCCGACUGAAUGAUAUGUGGACGCUCAACCUGACCGACGACCACCAUCAGUGGGAGGAGGUCGAGCAGCAAGGCGACAGGCCGCCCACCUGCUGUAACUUUCCCGUGGCCGUGGCCCGGGAUGCCAUGUAUGUGUUCUCGGGGCAGAGCGGGCUGCAGAUCACCAAUUCGCUGUUUGAAUUCCACUUUAAGACGCGCACCUGGCGUCGCAUCUCGAAUGAGCCGGUGCUGCGUGGCGCCACCUCGGCGCCGCCCUCUCGCCGCUACGGCCACACCAUGGUGCACCACGAUCGGUUCCUGUACGUGUUCGGCGGCUCCGCAGACUCGACGCUGCCCAACGAUCUGCAUUGCUACGACCUGGACCUGCAGAUCUGGUCCGCUGUGCUGCCGGAACAGAACUCGGAUGUGCCCUCGGGCCGGGUGUUUCACGCCUCGGCCGUCAUCGGCGAUGCCAUGUACAUCUUCGGCGGGACCGUGGACAAUAGCGUGCGGCGCGGCGACACCUACCGCUUCCAGUUCUCCAGCUACCCAAAGUGCACGCUGCGCGACGACUUUGGCAAGUUCUUUCAGGAGAAGCAAUUCUGCGACAUUCAGUUCGUGGUGGGUGUGGAGGAGGUGCGCAUUCUGGCGCACAUUGCCUUUGUGGCGGCACGCUCCAAGUACUUGCGCAACAAGAUAUUGGCGGCGCGCGAGGCACGCCAGCAGCAGAUGGAGAAGGUUUACGGCGUUGGCCAGGUGGAUGCGCAGGCGCUGAACACGGGCGUUGGCGGUGACCGGGCACCCAUGCUGGAGGUGCGCCUGGUGCACGCCUCGCCGGAGGCCUUUGACAUUAUUCUCAACUACAUCUACACGGAUCGCAUCGACCUCAAGGAUCCGUACAACAAGAACAUAAUCAUUCUAAUCACCGACAUCUACCAGUUGGCUGGGCUCUUUACCAUGCCGCGGCUGGCCCACGGCUGCAUACAAUAUCUGGACUAUAAGAUCAACAAAAUCAAUGUCCUGGAGGCCCUCUACAAUGCGGAUAAGAGCAACAUCAAAAUAAUCAAGGAUCACUGCAUGCAGUUCAUCAUCAAGGAGGAGAACUUCACCGAGGUGGUCAUGUCCAGUGAGUUCAGUGACCUGGACAAGCCCCUGCUCGUGGAGAUCAUACGCAAGCGUCUGCAUCCCAGCAAGCUGGUAAUGGACACCAGUUUCGAAGCGAGCACAGGCACCACAUUGGAGCUGGAUCUGUGCACGUUCCUGAAGACGACCGGCAAUGAUUUCUGCGACAUUAGCCUUAUAUUGGAGGACCAUGUGAUACCGGCGCACAAGUCUGUGUUGUCGUCACGCUGUACCUAUUUCCAGGGCAUGUUCCGUUCGUUCAUGCCGCCGGAUAACACCGUCAAUAUACAAAUUGGUGAAAUUUCACCCUCAUUGGAGGCGUUCCAUUCACUGCUCCGCUACAUCUACUACGGAGAGACAAAGAUGCCGCCACAGGAUGCGCUGUAUCUGUUCCAGGCACCGUGCUUCUAUGGCCUGUCCAACAAUCGUCUGCACGCCUUCUGCAAGUACUCGCUGGAGCAUAAUAUUACGUACGAGAAUGUGCUGCAGACGCUGGAAGCGUCGGAUAUAACGAAGAUCUAUGACAUCAAGGAGUAUGCGUUGAAAUUGAUUGUGAAAGAUUUUGCCAAGGUGGCAAGACUGCCUAAGAUAUCGGGUUUGUCGCGCGAACUGUUGCUGGAGAUCAUACGCGCUGUGGCCGAUUCGCAAGGCGAGUUUCUGACCAGCAUUAAUAUCAAUACAGAUAUCUGAAAACUAGUGCUGCUACAGCCGGCCCUGCAGUUGUUGCUCGCCUGGUUGCAAAUCGGACGUAGCACGUAAAGCGGCAGUAGCGGUUGGCAGCGAAACCACGAAACUACGACAAAGUUAGCCCAUGAUCCUUGAUCAACAUUCAACGCAUUCUGACAGCAGCAGCUGGCAAUAAGAAUGUCGGACAAAGCAAAAGAGAGAGGGAGUAGGAGCAAAGAUUCAUCCGACCAUACUUAUAAGAUGAAUACUUAACUUACCUUACCUUACCUAUCUAUUAUGUACACUUACUUGUUAGGCCCCUUAUCCAUAGCGGAAUUGUACUACUUUUAAUGCCCUGCCCCGCUGCCCCUCCUGCCUACCUGCACCAUCAACCAGAGUUAAUCUCAAGCUAUGCUUUUACACACCCCCUGCUACACCCCUAUCGUUAUAUUGUAGCCCUCAAAUUGU